CCAAUCGUCGUUUCGCUUUCACGGCGAGUUUAACGGGAACGCGUUUCGCGUGCGAGCGUCACCGAUUCGCGGCAUCGUUGCGUGGUGUUGCGGGUUUGGUUAUAAAUCCCGCCAUCUCCGCAUUUGUAGUCGUACGAAUCUACGGUCAAUGCUUGUUGUUCCGUUGACGGUCAAAUUCACGGAAUAAGUCAACCAUCGCACGUGCCGAUGCGCAAAUAACGGAGGAUCAGAGAUAGAAGAUGUGAUAACGCCGAGAGGCUAUUUACGCGUCUUCUGAAUGUUUUGUUCCCCUCGUCCGCCAACGACGCAGGCGUUGAUUAUAAUUUCACAUUAGAAAGAGAAGGAUCUCCUCGUGGUAGCCGCGCGUGUGAGUAAAAAAUCCAAGCCAUGGCGAACGUGUCCCUCGAUAAGGAUAUGUUUUUUCGGCGCAUGAAGCGCCUGUACGUCGCGUGGAAGGAUGGCGAAGUCGGCACUGAUGACAGUUUCAAUAAAAUGGAUUGUCUCGUUUCUGCCGUUGGUACUGAUGAGGAUAUUGUAUACAGCAAGUCUAUAGCAUUACAGACAUGGCUGCUCAGUUAUGAACUCACAGAUACUAUAAUGUUGUUGGCAGAAGAAUCUAUUAAUUUCUUGGCAAGUAAAAAGAAAAUUGAAUUUCUGAGAAAAGUAGAGAAUCAGAAUACUGAAGAAACAGGAGUACCACCUGUGAAAUUAUUUGUCAGAGACAGGAGUGAUGAAGACAAGGCAAAUUUUGCAAAACUCAUUGAGGUGAUGAAGCAAAGCAAAAAGGGCAAAACUUUGGGAGUAUUUUCGAAAGAAAAUUAUCCAGGUGCUUUUAUGGAUGCAUGGCGAGCCGCUUUGAAGAGUGAAUCCUUCGAUACGGUCGACGUGAGUGCCGCAGCUGCUUAUGUCAUGUGCCCAAAAGAAGACAGCGAGAUAAUUACUAUAAAGAAAGCUUGUCUGAUAUCUGUGGAUGUUUUCACAAAGUAUCUUAAAGAUCAGAUAAUGGAAAUCAUAGACUCGGACAAGAAAGUUAAACAUUCGAAACUGGCUGAAGGUGUAGAUACAGCUAUCACAAAUAAAAAGUAUGUUACUGGAGUAGAUGUUUCGCAAGUAGAUAUGUGUUACCCUGCAAUUAUACAAAGUGGUGGAAAUUAUUCGCUUAAAUUUAGUGCUGUUAGUGACAAAAAUACUACUCUUCACUUUGGUGUUAUUAUUUGUUCAUUGGGAGCACGUUAUAAAUCUUAUUGUUCUAAUAUAGUGAGGACUCUGUUAGUUAAUCCUACAAAAACAAUUGAGGAAAAUUAUAACUUUUUGUUACAAUUGGAAGAGGAGAUUUUGAAAAAGUUAGUUGCAGGAACUAAGAUAAGCGAGGUAUACGAGGCUGGUAUUAAAUUUGUGAAAGAUGAGAAACCAGAAAUGUUAAAUCAUUUAACUAAAAAUUUUGGAUUUGCUAUGGGUAUUGAAUUCAAAGAGAGCUCUUUGUUGUUGGGUCCGAAAAUUCAUGCUGUAAUUAAGAAAGGCAUGGUAUUUAAUGUUAAUGUCGGUCUUGCAAAUCUUGCCAAUCCAGAUGCAACAGACAAAGAAGGGAAAAUGUACGCUCUUUUCAUAGGCGAUACAGUUAUAGCGAAUGAAGGACAACCCGCUACUAAUUUAACACCAUCGAAAAAGAAGGUAAAAAAUAUAGGAAUAUAUGUGAAAGACGAUGAAGAUGAGGAGGAGGAGGGAAGUGGAAAGGAAAACGAACCAAAGCCAGAAAUCCUGGGACGUGGAAAAAGGACAGCGGUGAUAGAGUCUAAAUUGAGGACGGAACAUAGUUCAGAGGAGAAAAGAAAGCAACAUCAAAAGGAAUUAGCUCAACAGCUGAAUGAAAUUGCUAAGGCUCGAUUGGCCCAGCAAUCUGGCGGUAAGGAACAAGAGAAGAUACGCAAAUCAACGGUAUCUUACAAAAGCCUGAGUCAUAUGCCACGCGAGCCGGAAGUUAAAGAGUUAAAGUUGUAUGUGGAUAAGAAAUAUGAAACUGUGAUUUUACCUAUUGCUGGUAUUCCAGUACCUUUCCACAUAUCGACAAUUAAGAACAUUUCACAGUCGGUAGAAGGAGAUUAUACGUAUCUUAGAAUAAACUUCUUCCACCCUGGCGCGACUAUGGGACGGAACGAAGGUGGAUCUUAUCCUCAGCCCGAUGCAACGUUCGUCAAAGAAGUAACAUAUCGAAGCACAAAUACCAAAGAGCCUGGUGAAAUCUCCGCACCGUCGUCAAACUUAAAUACGGCCUUCAGACUUAUUAAAGAAGUCCAAAAGAAGUUCAAAAAUCGAGAAGCGGAAGAAAGAGAAAAGGAGGAUCUUGUAAAACAGGACACCUUAAUAUUAUCACAGAAUAAAGGCAAUCCAAAGUUGAAAGAUUUAUAUAUCCGACCGAAUAUUGUCACAAAAAGAAUGACCGGUGGAUUAGAAGCACAUACAAAUGGAUUCCGUUAUACUUCAGUCCGUGGCGAUAAAGUAGACAUUCUUUAUAAUAACAUUAAGAACGCUUUCUUCCAGCCAUGUGAUGGUGAAAUGAUCAUACUGUUGCAUUUUCAUUUAAAACAUGCUAUUAUGUUUGGUAAAAAGAAACACGUAGACGUACAGUUUUACACCGAAGUUGGAGAAAUUACAACAGAUUUAGGUAAACAUCAGCAUAUGCAUGACCGCGACGAUCUUGCAGCUGAACAGUCGGAACGAGAACUGAGACAUAAGUUAAAAACUGCUUUUAGAAGCUUUUGUGAAAAGGUUGAAGGAAUGACAAAGCAAGAAAUAGAAUUUGAUACACCAUUUCGGGACUUGGGAUUCCCUGGUGCACCAUACAGGAGUACUGUCUUACUUCAACCAACUAGUGGAUGUUUGGUUAAUCUUACAGAAUGGCCUCCAUUUGUUAUAACCUUGGAAGAUGUUGAAUUGGUUCAUUUUGAAAGAGUACAAUUCCACUUAAAGAAUUUUGACAUGAUUUUUGUUUUCAAAGAUUAUCAUAGAAAGGUAGCGAUGGUAAAUGCCAUUCCUAUGAAUAUGCUAGAUCAUGUUAAGGAAUGGUUAAAUUCGUGCGACAUUCGAUAUUCGGAAGGUGUUCAGUCUUUGAAUUGGACGAAGAUUAUGAAGACUAUAACAGACGAUCCUGAAGGAUUCUUUGAUAGCGGCGGAUGGACGUUCUUGGAUCCAGAAAGUGAUGCUGAAAAUGAAGAAGUUGAAGAUGAAGAAGAGGAAGAAGAUGAUGCAUAUGAGCCAUCUGAUAUGGAAAGCGAGGAAGAAUCUGAUGAUGAUUCCGAAUAUUCUGAAGCUUCUGAAGAUUCUGAUAGUGAUGAGGAAGCUUCAUUAGGUAGUUCUGAGGAAUCGGGAAAAGAUUGGUCAGAUUUGGAAAGGGAAGCGGCCGAGGAGGACAAAGAAAGGGGAGAUGAUCGUUACCGUGAAGAUUACAGUUCCAAAAAGAAGAAAGCACAUCGAAGACAAUCUCCUCCUUCAAAAGACAGGCAUAAUUCUAAGCACAAGAGUUCUACGAAUUCGAAGAGUAAAAGUUCAUCCAGCAGUAAACGAUCACCAGACAAACACAGAACGGAUCGAUCACGGAGUGGGGGCUCACACAAGAAGGGGUCUCCUUCCAAAUCAUCCAAACACAGUCCCAAGAAAAGUGAUAAACACGAUAAGCAUGAGAAAAGUAAGCAUUCUUCAUCGCAUUCUUCGUCCAGCAGUAAAAAACGCGCUCGUGAACAGAGUUCCGAAAGAAGCGACAGAGUAUCUAAGAAAUCUAAGAAGUAAAUCCAGAGGGAAUCUGCACACUGAAAAAAAAGCACACAGGAAAUUACAGCAAAUACCAUGCUGAAGUAAAGUUUAAUAUUUUUUUUAAGAUAUAGCAAUUUAUAAGAAUAGUACAUUUUCUUGCAUCGUUUGAACGAGCAAAGCAGAAACAAAUCAAUUAACGUUAUAUUUAAAAUGAUUAUUUUUUGCCGUUCGAGUAUUUUACUUUCGUACACAUUUAAUUUGUUGUAGUAUGUAAAGACUUACAGCAAUGAUAUAUUAAUAUCCUCUGUAACGAUAUUUCUAUAUUUACGGUUUCAAAUGUACAUAAUAAAAUUUUGUACGAAGUAAAGAUAUGUAGAGAUGUAUGUAUUAUUAUUUUUCAUGUGUUAUAUUUUUUACAAAAAAUGUUAGAGAAGAUAUAUAUAUGGCUUUUCUUUUUUGUAAUUUUUGUGUCUUUAAUAUUAAUGUAGUUUUUAAGAUAUUUCUCAUUCCAUUUCUCUCUGAUAUAAUCCAUGAUAUAAAAGAGUUGCUUUAUAUGUUUUUUUUUAGUUUUCCGUGCACAUAGAAAAUAUAUGAACAAAUGAAUUUAAUGAGAUAAAGGAGUACCUCUUUUUGUCAAAAAGCAUUGAUUUAGAAAGUUGUCUCGUAACUUAUCGUUAUAUUUUUGAAUGUAUUUUUGAAAGAUACUCAAAUUUAUACUGAUAAACAAUACAUAAUAUAGAAAAGCAUAUAAUAUAAGUAUUUAAUAUAAGCGUGAUAAAACUUAAUUAUUAUGAAUGAUAAAGAAAAUAACAAGAUAAAUGCAAGACAAUGUACUAACGAUAAAUGCGAGACUUAUCAUGUUAUAUGAGCUCUGAUAGUUUUUCUUACUGUCCUUACUAAAAAAAUUUAGUGUUUUUUAUCAUUAGAUUUAAUAUUACAAUUAUAAUACUUAAUGUUAUUUGAAAGAAAACAAUACGUUUUAUAUAACUUUUUGCAUGCUUUGGUUACUCAGAGAGGUGGAAAUACGCUCACAAUUCCCCUCAUCGAGCCCACGCAAUAUGUGUUACGCUGUACGUUGAAAAACGAAAGGAUCAUUGAUUCAAAAGGUGAAGAAAACUGAAGUGAAUCAGAAAUUGUCCAAAAUUCAUUUUACAUAGUUCUCAGAUUCGUACCUUAACAUACUAAUACCGUUUUUAAGUUAUUUAACAUUAAUGUACAAAUGUCAUUUGUGGUUUUUAUAUUCCAAAAUGUAUGUAAUGUUGAUACAUGAAAA